CUUGAAAUCCAGUACAGAGGUGAUUCAAUAGAAUUCCAUUCUACCACUAUGAAGAAAAGUGGUGUUCCUCUUUUGUUGAGUAUCAUCUUCCUGACUCUGCUUGGCAGUCAAGGAAUCAUAAUAAUGAGGAAUAGACGCUGUUCCUGCAUCAACACCAGCCAAGGGACAAUCCACUUAAAAUCCUUAAAGGACCUUAAACAAUUUGCCCCAAGCCCUUCUUGUGAAAAAACUGAGAUCAUUGUGACAAUGAAGAAUGGGGAUCAAACAUGUCUAAACCCAGAUUCAGCAGAUGUGAAAGAACUGAUUAAAGAAUGGGAGAAACAGGUCAGCCAAAAGAAAAAGCAAAAGAAAGGGAAAAAACCUCAAAAAAGCAGGAAAAUUUUUAAAGCUAAAAAUUCUCAACAUCCUCGUCAAAAGAAGACCACAUGAGCAACCACUUCACCUGAGAACCUUACACCCUAAAGGUUCUUAUAGCCCAAAGGUACCCUUCUCCCCAAAAAGUUCUUAAUUAUAAUGAAGUAAUUCCCAAAGGGGAUGGCAUCUUAAUACAUAAGCUUUUUAUUUGACUGGACAUUUUCAAGUAUUAUUAUAAAAUUGUAAUUAAAGCUAGAUAGUUGCUUUUAAAAUCCAAACGUUAUGAA